AUGGAGCCGCGAGCGAUUCCCUCCAGGGACGAAGCAAGCCUGGGCGUGGAUCGAAUUGCUGUAGAGGCCGGGCACCCGAUGCCGAUUUUAGCAGAUCAGGAUGCGUACACCUUGAGGAUCAGCAAUUACUCGCAGAAAGCGGAGCACUUCAGCAAGGCCGCUGUGCGAAAGCAUGCUGCCCACGUUGCCGCCUGGAUCGCCUAUGGCCCAGAGGGCCGGAUCCCGGAGGUUGCGGAACUCGAGCUCUUGAAAAAGUUCAUCGACAAAGUGGGAGCUGGGCUGCUGCCUUCUCGGUUAAACGAGGUCUUGCCGGAUGCACAAGCUGUGCUGCGUAUGGUUUCUACUGGUCAGGCGGGCGAGGGCUGGACACAGGCAGAGCGAAAGCUGCGGGAAAGUCUGCAGAAGUUCCGCUGCUGCCGGGGGCUGGCAGACAAAGCAGGCGCCAAGCCAGCAGCCGAAGAAAAUGUAGAAGAGAUCGUAAUGGUUUCGGAUCUCGACGUGGUCGAGACAGGUUUGCAACCUGAGGAAGCCAUACUCCUGCAAGUCGACGAGGACGACGACGACCCGGAAUCUAGUGGCGCAUCCAAGCAGCACCUACAGCUCGUCAGCAAAAUUAACGAGUGGGGCUUCUUGGAUGAUGGUCAGAGAGUCGAGCGCCUCCAGCAGGCGGAGGAGGCAGCCAGGCGCAGGCGCAAGAAUGUCAGCCAAGAAGAGCUGACCGAGGUCAUCAACACGGCCGCGGCAGCCCUUGCUGCUCCCCGCAGACGGGCCACGCAGCGAGAAGUUGACUCGGAAGGCUCAGAGGAGGCAAAAACGGCCACUCAGCCUCAGGAUCCGAAACCUGAUCUGCAGCGGCGGGUGCGGGCGCUGCUGCUUGAUGCCCUUAACUUGUGGCGCACGAAACAGUAUGGUUGCUCUGCAAUUGCACACGUGCUGGACUUUGUGCAGGUGAAGAUCAGCAAAUUCGAAGACAAUGUCGGCGAGAUUCGGGGUGCCGCUGCUGGGAAAGCUUGGCUGUCCAUUAAGGAUGCAGUUGAGGAGAUGCUGCAGGGGGUAUCUGCACUUGGUGAGUUCGACGGCGGAAAUCGGGCUGUUGAAGCUGACAGGACAGUGCGACUCGAGCGCCAGAGCGGCAUCCAAGGCAUCACCUGGGACAGGCUCAAGAUGUGCUGGUGCCUGUCGUGGUAUGAAGCCGGCAAGCGGCCCAGACGCAGCUUUCCUGCCGCUAAGUUUCUCAGGCAGGGUCUCUGCGAGGAUGAGGCCGUAGAAGCAGCAUUGCAGGAAGUCAAAGCUUUUCGCGAGGAGCUGGUGCGGCAGGGAAGGCUGCAGCCCCCAAAGCCUACCUCACCUGCAAUGUCCCCUGUACGAGGAGUUGCGUACGACAAAACGAGUGGAAGUUGGCUGGUCCGGCUUACUGACCCAUCCACCAAGAGGCGAGUCCAUGGUGGCACCUUCGAGACGCAGGAGGAGGCUGAGGCCAAGGCACGGGAGAUGGCAAAGAAACUGGGGGUACCUGUCGAGAGCAAACUGGUGCCUGUGAAGAAAUUCUCAGAACUCCAUCGUUUCGAGAAGCUUGGCCCACAAAAAGGUGUGAAGUGGGAUAUCAAGGAGCAGUGUUGGCAUGCUCGAUGCAUCGUUGGGGUCAAACACAAGCACUUGCGAGCACGGCCCAAAGAUUUCUCGAAGCUGGAGCUGGAGAAGUCCUGGAAUGAAGCGGUGGCCUGGCGCCAGCAGCAAGAGCAGCGAAUUAACGCGAGAAGUGGAGGCCCGCAACUCUACUACAGGCGCACCCCAGAUGAGUAA